AUGGAUCCACCGAAAGUUCGUUUUGAUCCCGAAGAUUUUCUCGCGCCCACCUACUGGGAUCGGCUCAAACGCGGCUCGCCGGCGUACGCAAAGCAGCGCGGGACGUUCGCGGGAUUCAGCGCGGAGAUGCGCGGGACCAGGAUUGAUGCCAAUGGUGAGCAAUUAAAAAAAAAUUUGGGCUAUCGAUGAUUAUCAGUCUGUCGGGAAAAUAAUGAGCAUUCUGUCGCAUCGAAAAUCGCAUCGCUCGCGGCAAAAUCAAAUUUUUUUCUCUUCAGCGACGCGACUGGCUCAUUAUUUUCCCGACAGACGGAUAUCUCAUUAAAUAUUAUUUGGUGUGAAUUUUAUGAACUUCUCUUUUUUAGAAUGGAUAAAAGCCCCUGAAUUCGUCCCUAGAAGGAGUAAUUAUCCCCAGCAAGAAUUCGACUUUGAUCAAUACAACUUUGCACAGCCUGCGGAAUCUUAUUACCCUGGAAAUGGUAAGCAAAUAGUCAAAUACAAGGAGUUUCAAUCUGUCGGGAAAAUAAUGAGCUCUUUCGCACUGAAAAUCGCAUCGCCGCAAAGAAAAUGAAUUGUGGCGCAGCAAAAGCAAAUUGCUUUUUUCUUCAGCGACGCGAUCGACAUUGGGCUUAUUAUUUUCCCGACAGUCUGAUAAAAGAGGUCAUAUUUAUACUACAAGUCCGCAGGGGCCAAAAAAUACUCAUAUGUUUUCACAUGGUGCGAGCGCAUGCUUUUUUGCAUGGUCGACUCCCCUUGUUUUGCGUACUCUCUCACAACAAAAUUGGUGGAUAUCUCGGCAACGGUUGCAAAAUGCGAGCCAAAAGUAUAGGGAAUUGAUAUGAGGCAGUUUGCUUAGGGUCUGCGACAUAGAAUUACUUCUAGGUCUGCCAAGUGAUUCAUAAAACUUUAUUUUUUUACCAGUAUGUCGGGAAAAUAGUAACCGGAAUCUAGCUCCGCCAAUCGUGUCACUGAAGUGAAAAGAAAUUUGAUUUUGUCGCAACACAAUUCAUUUUCCCCGUGGCGAUGCGAUUUUCAAUGCGACAGAUUGCUCAUUAUUUUCCCGACAGACUGAUAUCCACUACAAUAUUUUCAAGUUCCAAAAACAGAAAAAAAAUCGAAUUGACUGUUACAGCAUCACAACCAAUUUUUUUCUUCCAGCGAUCCCUCCACUACCUCAUCAAUUCCCCUUGCAACACCCUAUGCUAACAACUUCCAUGUCCAUUCCGGUCCAGCCGGGCCAAUUUCCGUUCGUGCAGCAGGUUGGAAAUGGGUAUUCGGCCUAUGUUACCGCCCUCAAUGGUAAUCUUGUUUUACCAUUUUCAUCUUCAAAAAAGAUGUAUCCCUCUUUUUGACCCCAUGAAAUCUCAAAACAUGAUAUUUCGGAGGUCGUUUUGACACUUUUUAUCGGAUUCCUCUUUUCUUUCAUGGGAAAUUCUUUGAAAAAGCGGCCGGAAAAGUUCCCAAGAGAUUGAUGAAGGCGUUUUGUUUCGAAGAGAGAUAAUAAUCACAGACGGAUCGAACACGCCGUGAAAGUCCCAAUGUUUCGGGUUGAAAAACGUUCCAAACUUUUUGCGAACAACCAAAAGAUAAUGGGAUUUUCAAGUGGAUUCUUUAUUUUUAAAGCUGUCGGGAAAAUAAUGAGCACUCUGUCGUGUCGGAAAUCGCCAGGAAAAUGAAUUGUCUCGCGGCAAAAUCAAAUUGCUUUUCUCUUCAGCCACGCGACUGUCGCAGCGACAUUGUGCUCAUUAUUUUCCCGACAGACUGAUAAAAGGUUAUAUUGGAGUUUAUGAAUAGUAGAGAGAUCCAUUUGAAUCUCAAUAGAAAUAGCUGUAAAGUUUUUUUUUGAAUCCCACAUUUCCAGGCGAUCCCAAUUCAACCGCGAUUAUUUUGAAGAAAAGGAGGAGAAGAAGAAAGAAGAAUAAAAAUAACGGUGAUAAUCAGCACGAGGACACGGUGGAUGUAAGCCUUAAUCUUUCAUUUUAUCCAACAAAGGGGUGUUUCAAGUCCGCCGCUGAGAUUUUCCUUAAGCGUUGCAACGGAAUUAUAAGUCUGCUAUAUUUUAGCUCGCGCUUUGCAGUGACAGCAGAGGUAUUCAGUGCUCAAUGUCAUCGGGAGUGCGCAAAACACGCUGAACAGUCAGAUCGAAAAAUGCGUUUUUGCCUUAUAAGGCCCCGGCUUCAACCAUUUUUUGAACCUCCUCGGAGAAACCCCGGAUUUCUUGUUUUACAGAAAGUGUUUUCUUUCUGAUUGCUUUCAAUUUCUGGACUGGGGACUUUUUCCACAUGUACAGCUACAUGCGAAAAUUUUGCCUUGUUUCAACCUUACCGACUUUUUUAAUUCAACUCUAUCUCAGCGCGGCACUGAGUUAUACUACAGUAGGGUACCUGAUCCAGUGACAAAAAAUGUUCAAUUUUGCUUCCGGGAAGGAAAAAAAUGUGGCAAAAUGCUUCCUUCUCCAAGUGAAAAAACUUAGUUAGCGGGCGCGCUUUUGAAAUCGGAGAUCUUUCAUUGGAGAGGGAAGCAUUUUUCCACAUUUUUGAUACUUCCCGAAUGCAAAAUGGUACGUUUUUGCCACUGGAUCAGGUCCCGCACUGUAUUCCAAGAGUAAAGGUCUAUUUGUAAUUUCCAGAUCCCCACUGAUCCAGCAGCAUCUUCAGUCAGUCCUGACAAGGAAAUUUCGCCAAAUUCAACUGAUUCUCAGCGUCAACAAACGGAGAGCUCAGAAAAGCCAAGUUUGACGCGAACCGCUUCCGUGCCGGAUAUCAAUUCCAAGGCUGCACAGGUCGGCUUAAUUCUUUUAUUUCAAAAAUAA